AUGGCUCGUCAAUUCUUUGUUGGUGGUAACUACAAAAUGAACGGUACUACCGAAUCAAUUACUUCGAUUAUUGAUACUUUAAAUAAGGCUGAAUUACCAGCUAACGUUGAAGUUGUUAUUGCUCCACCAGCACCAUACUUGGCCUUGGCUGUUGCUCAAAAUAAACAAAAAACCGUUGAAGUUUCUGCUCAAAACGUUUACACCAAGACCUCUGGUGCAUUCACUGGUGAAAUUUCUCCAGAUCAAGUUAAAGACUUGGGUGCUACUUGGACUUUGACCGGACACUCUGAAAGAAGAACCAUUUUCAAAGAAAGCGAUGAAUUCAUUGCUGAAAAGACCAAAUUUGCUUUGGAAAGAGGAUUAUCGGUUAUUUUCUGUAUUGGGGAAACUUUGGAAGAACGUAAAUCUGGUAUUACUCUUGAAGUGUGUGCUAGACAAUUGGAUGCUUUAUCCAAGAUUGUUUCUGAUUGGACCCAUGUUGUUGUUGCUUACGAACCGGUUUGGGCCAUUGGUACUGGUUUGGCUGCUACUUCUGAUGAUGCUCAAGAUACUCACAAACAAAUUAGAGCUCAUCUUGCUAAAACCAUUGGUGAAAAACAAGCCUCUGAAGUUAGAAUCUUAUACGGGGGUUCUGCCAACGGUAAGAAUGCUCCAGACUUCAAAGACAAGGCCGAUGUCGAUGGUUUCUUGGUUGGUGGUGCUUCCUUAAAACCUUUGGAAUUCAUUGACAUUGUCAAAAGUAGAUUGUAA